CUGGCGAUGACAGCGCAUUCCUUCGCUCUCCCGGUCAUCAUUUUCACCACGUUCUGGGGCCUCAUCGGUAUCGCCGGGCCCUGGUUCGUGCCUAAGGGACCUAACCGUGGAGUGAUUAUCACCAUGCUGGUGACCACCGCUGUCUGCUGUUACCUCUUCUGGCUCAUUGCCAUCCUGGCCCAGCUCAAUCCCCUGUUUGGCCCCCAGCUGAAGAAUGAGACCAUCUGGUAUGUGCGCUUCCUCUGGGAGUGACUGCUGGACUCCUGGCCCCAGGUGCCCAG